GAUACCGGACUCGAAGCAGACCAAUGGGCGCAUCAGAGUCCAAGCCCGGCGAUGGAGCCCGCAAGAAGAUCGCUUUGCACGUCUUGCGCGUGGCAGAGAAUUCGCCGGCAGCUCACGCAGGCAUAGAGCCCUUCUUUGACUUUCUCAUGGGCAUCUCAGGCUUCGCGCUGACUGAGGAUGUCGAUGCGUUCACCGAACAAAUCGAGCGCUCAGAGGGGCAAGAGAUUCUGCUCCAAGUCUGGUCAUCAAAACGUCAAGAGCUACGGGAUGUCGAGCUUGUUCCCAGUCGGUCUUGGUCGAUGCAACCUAGGAAAGGUCAAAUAGCUCAUGACGACGCCGAACCGUCUUUGCUGGGCCUAUCGAUGCGCCUGUGCAACCCAGAGGGUGCGCUGGAACAAGUCUGGCAUGUAUUGGAGAUCAUGGAAGGCAGUCCAGCUGAAAGCGCAGGCCUGGUCCCCUAUGGCGACUACAUCAUAGGCUACGCAGGCGGCGUACUACGCGGAGAGGGCGACUUCUACGAGCUUGUAGAAAACCACGACGAAAGGCCACUGCGCUUGUUUGUCUAUAAUUCUGACUUUGACAUCACUCGCGAGGUUGUACUCGUACCCAAUAAAUCUUGGGGCAACGGCGAUGGUCUACUAGGCUGCGGCAUCGGAUACGGUCUGCUGCACCGAAUACCGCGGCCACAAGAACGGCCACCUCGGCCCUUGAAUGGGCAUACGUACUCACAAACACAUCAGCGUGCCGAAACAUACCCAGACGAAGAGGAGCAACACUCUCAUGGCAUCCUGAGCAGUACUGGCGUCCAAGUGCUUCCAUCCAGCUCUCAGCCGUCUACGCCAUCGAGGUCAGUCAUACCUGACAGAAGGGCGCUCUCGCCAAGCAAGAGAGUGCUCUCGCCCGGCGUGAGCUUACCUUUGCCACCCAAAUCGCCUUCGUCUUCCACAUCGGAUACCAGGCGGAGCUCAGUCAUCAUACCAAUUCAGGAGCAAUCAGAGGACGACACUGUAUGAAACCUUGCUGUUGACAUUGCAAUGCUGCUGUAUAUAUCCACUGACGU